AUGAGAAUGGAUAAGAAAAAGGAGGUUAACAUUCAAAAUAUUCAGGGCAGCAUUUGGCCCCGUCUGCCAAAGUACUAUGAAACGUUCUUGUUUUUUAAGAUUAAGGACGAAGACACAUUCAAAACACACCUCAGAAGCUUUGCUGACAAGGUCACCACCGGUGCGCAAUGCAAGGCAUACUUUGUGGAGACGGACGACCUCCCUCAAGCCACACCGGGCAAGCCACGGAAGGACACGCCUCCAGAACAGCGCAAACCAUUCGAAGCUGUGAACAUUUCCUUCAGCUACAAGGGGAUCGAAAAGCUCGUUAUGCAACGCCGGGAUGAUAAGCUUAUCGAUGAACUGCACAUGCGGGGCAUGUAUAAGGACAGGACCGGUGAAGGUCCCGAUAUUUCCGAGCUUUUGGCUCCUGAGUACAAACCUCCCGAAGGCCACCGUGACGAUAAUGAUGACUGGAGAGUCGAUGGGCUGCUUAUUGUCACCGCUCAGACCAAAGACAAACUGGAAGAAAAGAUAAAGGAAGUUGAAACCGCCUUCAAUGUCGACACUGCGUCCGCCAGCGUCGGGAUUGCUUUUCGGAAGGAGGGGAAUCUCCGAAAUGCAGAUGGGAAAGCCGAGAAAGCCCAGGGUGGCACGGUCAGUCUGCAUGGCAAAGAACACUUUGGAUUCGAGGAUGAAAUAUCUCAGCCUCAGAUCAGAGGCCUCGACCCCACGCCCAAAAAAGGUGAACAGAGGAUUAUUCCCCCAGGUUGGAUCUUCACUGGUCUGGAUGGUGAUCAUGCGAAACAACCACGCUGGGCCACGGAAGGCAGUUUUCUGGCUUUCCGUGAGAUCGAGGAAAAGGUUCCCGAGUUCCACAAGUUCGUGCGAGAGAGUUCGCAGAAAAUACCAUCCUUUGACGAUGGUACGGGUGAGAAGCUUGCAGCCUAUUUGAUGGGAAGAUGGAAAAAUGGCUCCCCGAUUGAGCUUGACCCUGAUGGCACUAAGCCGGAAUACGUCUUCGCAAACAACUUCGAUUACAAGAAAGGACAUACCCUGUGGAAGAACACAAAGUGUCCCUUCGCAGCUCACAUUCGCAAGAUGCGUCCUCGUUCAGACCUCUAUGUAGGAAACAAGAACACGGAUGACGCGGAUCCUGCCGAAGUUGCUGUUAACCACGCGGAGACAAACUCCAACGUCAUACUUCGCCGUAGUAUCACGUUUGGACCAGAAGUCGAUGAAGUGGAAGAAGCGCAAGAGACGAAAAAGAAGCGCGGCAUCUACUUCCUCUGCUACCAGAGUAACUUUCGCAAUGGAUUCAACCAGCUGGUGACCCGCUGGGCAAGCAACAAAACCUUUGCUCCCAACACGGGUAUCAAGGGAGGCCCUGGUAUUGAUCCGAUCAUUAGCGAUAGAAAUCGACCCGACCGUUCGGAGGGUUAUUUCAGUAUCUACCAGAAGCCUGACGAUCCAGAUCCCUACAAGCUCCAAUUCCAGUUUGCGUCAUGGACUGAUCAGCGAGGCGGUGAAUAUUUCUUCACCCCGUCUAUCGAGGCAUUGAAGACCAAGCUCUCGGAGGAGUAA